AUGACUGAAAUAAAUGAUGAACUUGCCAUUCGUUUCCGUCACAACGUCGUGUUCUACCACCUACACCUCUUCUCUAAUCCAUCAGCCGUAGGAGCCCAGACGGCUUCCGACAUCUCCCGCACCAAAGAGCGGGUCUGGUCCGGCCUCGCCACGCGGCGGCCAUGGCGGGAGCUUGCCGACGUGCGCGCCAUCCGCCUCCCUCCCAUCCUCGGCGUGGCCUACCUCCGGAUCCGCAGCAACGCCGCCUACUUUGACAUGAACUACGUCAUUGUCGUUCAUCCCGUCGUCUUCCUUAGCCCCCUCUGGCACCCCACCUCCCUCAUGGUCUUCCUCUACUUCGUUCGUAACGAGCCGCUUGUCGCUCUCGUCCGCACCUGCGUCAACGACCGGACCAUCCUGAUUGCGCUCUCCAUGGUGACCCUAGUGCUGCUCCUGCGCACCAAGGCCACGUCCGACGUGCUCAUCUCCCGGCUGGUCGGCCUGCGGAUGGUGCUCAUCCACGCCGCGCUGCUGCGGACUGAGGAUCUGGUGCUGAAGGAGGAGGCCGCCGGGUCCGAGACGUGGUACGCUGCCGUUCCUCAAUCUCAACCAAUUAGCGCCGCCUUCACCGACGCGGCCAACCCAAAUAGACCGGCGAUCGCAGAGUAA